AUGUCAACACCAACAUCUCACAACUUCCUACGGCCGCUUCUGGUUUUGCUGAUAUUUUUGGGAUGCUUAAUGACUUUUUUUUUUAUGUACGGCAACUCAUCCAUCCGAUGGCUGUAUGAUCCUGUAAAAACAGCUGAUUGCCCAAGCCCGGUCCCUGUCACCAGUGAAAAUAAAAUCUCCAAAACAGAGAACAGUGUCACAACUUUGCUGAUCUGGUUUUUGCCCUUUGGAACCAACCAUGAUCUGAGUGCCUGCAGAUCUCUGUUUAACAUUGAAGACUGCUUCCUCACCACGGAUAAAAGUCUGUACAGCAAAGCAGAUGGGGUCCUCAUCCAUCACAGAGAGAUCUCUCGAGACCUGUCAAAUCUGCCGAACCUCCAGCGACCAUUGUUUCAGAAGUGGAUAUGGAUGAACAUGGAGUCACCAUCAAAUUCAGCAAGGCUGCCUGGGAUUGCAAACAUGUUCAAUCUGACUCUCAAUUACCGUCUGGAUGCUGCGAUUUCUGUGCCCUCUGGGUCGCUCCUGACGGAAGCCAAUGAGGAUUUUGUAUUACCAAAGAAGGAAAACCUUGUAUGUUGGAUUGUAAGUAACUGGAAUCAAAAUCAUGAACGAGCCAAAUACUACAAUGAGAUGCGCAAGUACAUAAAUGUUCAAGUAUUCGGACAAGCCUUUGGGAAACCGAUCAAUAACGAUCAAUAUCCUUCUAUUGUGUCUAGCUGUAGAUUUUACUUAGCUUUUGAGAACUCAAUCCAUAAAGACUACAUUACUGAGAAACUGUUCAACCCCCUGUCUUUGGGUACAGUGCCAGUGGUUCUGGGCCCAACCAGGCAAAACUACGAGAACUUCAUUCCAGGAACUUCCUUCAUUCAUGUGAAUGACUUCAACUCAUCCAAUGAGCUGGUUGAGUACCUCCAGGUCCUAGAAAAGAAUGAGACCAUGUACCUCAGAUACUUUGAGUGGCGAAAGUAUUUCAAGGUCAAGAAGCCCCAUUUCUGGAUAGAACAUGCAUGCAGGGCUUGUGAGCACCUGAAAAGACACAAAAAGUAUGAAGCUUUGCACGGACUGGACAAGUGGUACUGGGACUAG